AUGGGUGGGUUUGAUGAUUACAAGCCAGCCAUGGCUAUGAUAGGAAUACAAUCGGGUUAUGCAGCCAUGUCACUCCUCACUAGAACUGUCGUCCUCCAAGGAAUGAAUCCCAGAGUGUUUGUUGUCUACAGACAAGCCAUGGCAACUCUCGUUAUUGCUCCCUUAGCUUUUUUCUCAAGGAGAAAAUCCAGUGGAUGCUUGGGAUUAAAGAGCUUCUCCUUGUUAUUUUUUACCUCACUUAUUGGUAUAACAAUGAGUCAGAACAUGUUUGUUGAGGGAAUGUACUUGGCUUCAUCAUCAAUAGCAAGUGCAAUGUGUAAUUUAGUCCCUGCCAUCACUUUUCUGCUGGCAGCGAUUCUCGGAUUGGAGAAGAUAAACAUUGGAAGCAUGAAAAGUAAUGCGAAAAUUAUAGGAACUUUGAUGUGUGUUGCUGGCGGAGCAAUUUUAAUGGCACUGCUCCGGGGUCCGAAGCUGCUCAAUGCAUAUAUGAUUCUUACGGGGAAGUCUUUGUUCGGAUUGGGAGAGGAAAACUGGUUGUUAGGUUGUAUUUAUCUUUUUGGAAGCACUCUUUGUUGGUCUCUUUGGUUAAUUUUGCAGGUCCCGCUUUCUGCUUGCUAUCCUGAUCAUCUUUCGUCCACGGCUUGGAUGUGCUUUUUGGGUGGAUUGCAGUCUGCAGCCAUUACACUUGGUGGAAACAGAUGGACUUUCCAUUCAAAUCUUGAACUUGUUACCUGUCUCUAUGCGGGAAUCAUAGGAUCCGCAGUCUCAUUCUUCCUUCAGUCCUGGUGCAUUUCACACAGAGGUCCUGUCUUCUCUGCUAUGUUUACUCCUUUAAAUACAGUUCUUGUCACGAUCUUGGCUGCAAUAUUUCUUCGUGAACAAGUUUACAUAGGAAGCUUGAUAGGAGCAGUCAGCGUGAUUAUAGGUUUAUAUACUGUCCUUUGGGGAAAAUCCCAAGAUCAAGUAAAAAUCGAUAUGCCGAGAGAUCAAACAGUAUAAGAUUUGAAAAUUUUGAUCGAAGAACAAAAUUGUAAGCUUCAU